GGGGGGAAUAGUGCCACAUCCUUGGUGUCAGUGGGGGGGGGAAUAGUGCCCCAUCCUUGGUGUCAGUGGGGGGGAGGAAUAGUGCCCCAUCCUUGGUGUCAGUGGGGGGGAGGAAUAGUGCCCCAUCCUUGGCGUCAGUGGGGGGGGGGGGGAAUAGUGCCCCAUCGUUGGUGUCAGUGGGGGGGGGGGGGAAUAGUGCCCCAUCGUUGGUGUCAUGGGGGGAGGAAUAGUGCCCCAUCGUUGGUGUCAGUGGGGGGGAGGAAUAGUGCCCCAUCGUUGGUGUCAGUGGGGGGAGGAAUAGUGCCCCAUCGUUGGUGUCAGUGGGGGGAGGAAUAGUGCCCCAUCGUUGGUGUCAGUGGGGGGAGGAAUAGUGCCCCAUCGUUGGUGUCAGUGGGGGGAGGAAUAGUGCCCCAUCGUUGGUGUCAGUGGGGGGAGGAAUAGUGCCCCAUCGUUGGUGUCAGUGGGGGAGGAAUAGUGCCCCAUCGUUGGUGUCAGUGGGGGAAGGAAUAGUGCCCCAUCGU